GCAACUAACCUAACUUUAUUAUCCUGGAGUUUGUGUUUAUGUUUGUUGAAUUUUUUAGAAUAUGUCUGAAAAUCAGGCAAGUUUAAAUAAGGAGGAAUCAGAAGAAACCUCAGAUGAUAACUUAGAAAUUGUCAUUGAAAGCCAAACUCGCAAAAGGAAACCUCCUCCGGAGCCUACUGAAUCCGAGAGACAAAUUAUAGAAAGUAUAGAAGAUGAACUCGAAAGAAAGCUUGAAGAAAAAGCUGCGAAGACAAAUUUGAAUGCCGUGCAUGUGAGGAAGAUUAUUCGACAAGUUGUUACUAAUGAGCAUGUAUUAACAUUAAUUCGUAAUGCAGAUAAUGCAAAGGCAGCCGAAGGAACCCUUCCAAUUUUUGAACCCAAGUGGACACGUUCAAAAACCAAAGAAUUGGGUUCUGUUCCUGGAGCUCCGAUACCUCCAAUACCCCCUGUUACUUGGUCAGCUACCAAACCAUCAUCUGAAGUACAAGCUUUAUUUACUGAAGAAUUACAAGAAGAUUCUUCAGGAGAUGAAUAUAUCCCUACUAUGGCAGAUGAAGAUAAGGAUGAUUUAGAAGAAAGUGAAGAUGAUCCAGAUAGCUCAAUAUGUACUACUGAACCACCUACCUCACCUUGUGCUUCUUCUCCAGUUCCUACUGCUCAAACAAACUGGUCAGUUGAUGGUGUUUUCAAAAUACCUACUGCACCGAAGGAAAAAGAAGAUGCCCCGGAUGAAGCUACAAUUGCUUUACGUACAAGGUCCAAACUUUCUUUAAGUUCCACUCCACUAGAAAUAAUAGAAGAAGCUUUUAUACCACCUGAUAUUACUACUGACAUGUAUGAAAUGGACUGUGAUAAUGAAGAUUGGAAGAAUUUUCUGAAGACAUUCACCAGACCUUUAGAAGAAGUUAAUAAACUUCCAGAGGAAGAAGAAUUGGAUCCAGAAUAUAACGUAUUAUCUGAUGAAGAAAUAGAUAAACCUGAUAAGGAAGAACUCAGGGUAGACAAAGCUGUUAAAGUUAGCAGAAAAGAAUUGAAUGCUUUGAUUUCAGAGUUGUAUGAAUUUUGUUCAAAUGAACAAGCAUAUCUUAAUCAAGUUGAAGAUGAUGAACCAGAGACAACAAAUUUUUUAAAUUCCCAUUUAUCUUUUCAAAAUUCUAUGAAUAAUUCAGAAAACAGCAUUUAUACGGAUAAUACACUAACUCAGAAGAAUGAUUUCAAUGAUAAAUCAAUUUUUGAAGCAACAGAAAAAAUGAUGUUGACUGAUCUUCAGAUUGGCUUAUUAGGUCAACAAUUGCGGCAACAUGUACAAUUAAUGACACAAAACUAUUUACUAACAUAUCAGCACCCUGAGUUACAUGAUUAUUCAAUACAAAUGAAGGAAUAUUUGUAUAACUUUAAAUAUCUUGGUGAUUAUAAAGAGAAAUCGGUAUUUCAUACCUACAAUUUGUCAAAAGCGAUUGAUAUUAUGAAAUACUGGGAAGAAUUAUUAGCAUCUAAUAGCGAAGAUGUAAUUAAAAUGAAAAAACACAUAGAAACGACAAUAUAUGAAUCACUCAAGUAUAAACAAACAGGAAGCGAGUACAUAGUAACAUUUCCGACAUUAAUAUUGGAAACUAUAUCGAAAAGUGAUAUAUUUUUGUAUACUUCACUUUUACCGAAAAUUCCCUUUAAAACGCCAAAGCUAUUCACCUCCAAAAUAGCUCACUUUAAUGCUCCUGAACUUAACUUAGUUGCAUUAGGAAUAGAAGAAUUUAUGCCAUUAGUCACUGAAGAACUUGAAGAAAAUCCUUCGAAAAAAAAGCUUUUCACUUCACUAGCUGAAUAUAUACAUGAGUAUUUGUUGCCUAUAAAAGAGCCUAAGCAAAUAGUAAAUCAAAUGUAUCAAAGCGAAAAUUUUAGACCUCAUGAAAAUCCAAUAAAGUAUUAUUUUCAAAAUAAUAAGGCUCCUACUUGUAUACAUUAUUUUAUUUUAUUAGAAGAUUUGCAAAUAUUACCGCCUUGUAAACGAAGACCGGAAGACCUACCAUUUCAAUGGAAGAAUUUUAUAUAUCCACAAAAGAUUGUAAAUCAAUCAUGUAUUUCAUUAGUAAGUCCAUGUUCCGGUACUGAAGUGUAUUCAGUUUCAAAACCAGUUUAUAAUAUUCAAAAACAGAUAUUACCAAAGGUUUCAACACCUACCCCACUUCGCCCAUCAGAACGAAAAAGACGUUUGAAGAGGCCUAGCAGACGCUCAAAAUUGGCUAAAACAAACCUAUUGUAUCGGGGUCAGGAUCCAAUUACAAAAUUUAAAAAAUGCUUGAGUCAACCUACAUGUAUCAACAAACUAUUGCAAUUGUUUUUCAUUGACACAAAUGUUGCAAUAAAGCAUAAAGAUAAAAAUGAAUUGGAUGGUUAUACUGAAUACACUUUAAAUUUUGAAAGUAGUUUAUUGAAUAGAGGCAAAAACAGAAGAAUCAGUACCAGCAGUUCUAUUGAUGAAGGUGAGGUUUCAAAAAUGUUACCGAACAUGCCCAGUCUGGGUACUCCUGUAAAGAUUGGAUGUGGAAAUAAUGGUUCUGGCAACACAAUAGAAGGAAAAACAGUAGAAAUUUCUGAAGUAGGAAUUUCAAAGUUCCAGUUAUCAAGUUCAGAAUGUAUAACCACUGAAAAUGUCAAACUGGAUAUUAAAAAUGAUAAUAAAGGUGAUAUUACAAAGGACAAUCAAGAAGAUCUAAAUGCCCUCUUGAUUGCGAGUUCCACUGUAAAACCGCCUACUAAAAAAGAACCUACAGUUGCCGAAAAAAAGAAAGCAAAAAUGACCAAAGAAUUUCUUGCAAAUUUAGCAAUUUCAACGCCUGAAGAUCGAAAAGUUGAGAAACAAAAAAAUGAAAUGUUUGCAUUGGCCUAUUACGACAAAAUGCGAGAAACAUUAGAAAUAGAAGCUUAUCACAAAAUAAUGCAGAUAUUAAAUGACUAUGAGGAAGGCGAUGCUAUAGAUCUUUAUAGAAAAAUUGAACCUGUGUUGAGGGUAAAAUAUAAGGAUCUAGCUGAUGAAUUUCUCCUUUUUCUUAGAGAAAGAGAAGCCGCGGCUGUAGGUCGUUUAAUACCUUGGAUUAGGAUGAACAACAGAUCGAAAUUUCUCAGGAAAUUGGAAAUUUAUUUCAAGGAUCAACCGUCUCAAUUACGUAAAAUUUACCAAUGUCUUACUGAGUUAUCACAAGCUGUCGGGGUUUCUAUGGAAAAGAUUAAGACUACUUUAAUACCCAUGUUUAAAGGAAAUGCUGUUUUAACUGAUUUAUUUCUCCAAAAUUUUUUGGAUGAACCGCCCCCUUUAAGUUUGUUGGAAGGACCUUCAGAAGUUUUUGAUAUCAAUAAAGAACUGUCCCAAAGUGCUGAUGAUGAACCUUGUGAAAUAUUUACUGUACCAGAUGCGGAAGACAAAUAUGGUGGUAACAGCUGUAUUUGUAAUUGUCACCGAAUAGAAGAUGCAGAAUUUAAAUCUAAAUUUAGACAUUGUAGUAAGUGUGGUAUCAAGUUCUUAAAUGGUACAGUAUACCUUCAGACUGGAAGAGGGUUGAGGCCAGCAACAGUAUCAUUUUUAACUAGUCCUAAUGUUGACCACCAAUCAAGACUAGCAGAUAAAUCUUGGUCAAAAUUUAUUCAUAGGAAAAAGCAUACAGAUUCAAGUCCUUCAAAACAAAGUAAUAACUCCAAAGAAAAUGCCGAUGAAGAGACGGAUGAAGAUGGAGAUAAAAAGAAAAAACCAAAACGAAAACCUCAAAGAAACAGAAAGCCAAAAUUGACGAAAGAUACAGUGAGCCAAGAAACGCAAAAGAAACCUAUACCUAAAAGAAGAAAAAUUAACAAAUCUAGUCCCAAAAAACGUACUUACUCACCAAAGAAAACUAACGCUAAUCGUAAAAUGGAGAAAGUACAAACCAAAAUGUCUGUUGAGGCUUAUUCAGAAGGACCUAAUGAAACAGAACAUGAAGAGCAGAUAGAAACCGAAUUGGAAGAGCCUACGGAAACCGAACUGGAGGAACCAACAGAAACAGAAUUAGAAGAACCUACAGAAACAGAGACAGAAGAUAAACAGUACAUAAAGCCAGGUUCCAAUAACGGUCAACUGAAAAGAUUACAUGAAGAAUCAUGCGAAGAAGGAGAGCAAAGUGCUGCUGGAGAAUCAUUUAGUGAAGUUAAACUAGGAAGUCCUGAACAACAAACUGCAGAAUCAGAAAGUGCUGAUUCAUAUCAAAACUCACAAAAACGUAGUAGUAGCUUCCAGGCAAAUACCCCAAAACCCAUUUGAUCUGUUAAAAACGAAGACUUACCUAACUAUAGUUAAAAACACCAAAUUAAAUAAAGCAACUUGGGAACCAAAAAUAACAAUAAAAAUGAUUCUAUCCAAAAAUACGAAAGAAAUUUAAGUGCAACCGAAUAUCCAUUAUGGAAAGGUAUAAAAAAAAUUCUACAACUACCUAAAAAAGACAUUAAAAUGAUAACAUCCAUUUAUAAUGCAAUACUCAGAACUCAGAAUAUUUGUAUGCCGAGAGGAACAUGCUACCAUAGAGCAAGUACAAAGAAAAACAAAAUAAAAAGUUUGGCUCUUGGGUCUACUUGACAAAUCCUGCGUUGAAAAUUGGUAUUUCAUGGUUAAGUACCAAAACAAAUACUCAACGAUACAUCUAAUCAACGCAGGUGUUUUGGGUCCGCUACUAAAUCUUCUAUAUGCAGCCGAUUUCCCCACAUCAGAUAUCACAUUUGUACAACAUAUGCCGAUGUCACUGCUUUACUAUCUUCACACCGAUAUACUCAAACUGCAUCACAAAUCCUUCAAGCAAAUCUCGACAACCUACAGCAAUGGUUAAGAAUAUGUGGAUGGGAUUCAACUUAGACAAAAUUAUAAUUAUCCAUCAAGUUAUGGUAUAUAAGACAAUACUUAAACCUAUUUGGAGAUAUGGAAUCCAGUUGUGGGGUUCAGCCCCUACAUUAAAUAUAAAAUUAUGGAGAUAUUUAAAUGACAAGUUCGGAGGAUGGUAAUAAACGCUCCAUGGAUAAUAUCAUUGCAAGGGUCCAUAAGUCCUUUCAGUUAGAGAAGAAAUUGAAGUGACCAGUGAAAAGUACAAUGAAAGACUUCAGUUUCACCACGAUCAACUGGCCAAAAAUCUAAUGUCAGAACCUAUUGCUAGCAGGUUUUAACAUACUUUGUAUGGAUUACAGUUUUUGUUAAAAAAUGUUGAAUUGACUAGGAGUGUUAAUUAUGUAAUAUUUGACUUUAUCUUUUGAAUAACUACCAAUUUUGAUAACCCAUUUUUCAUACAUGUUUGGUACUAGGUAGGUGGGUAGUUGCAUAAAUUACACAAUUUGGGGUGAAAACCACUUAGAAA